CAGAACCAGACUGCUGAGCCUGUCACCAGUGUUCCAGGAACCAAACCAGCAAUGUCUUCCCCUGCACAACCUGAAAUCCCUGCCCCGCUGAGCGACUUGAAGAUUCAAUAUACCAAGAUCUUCAUCAACAAUGAAUGGCAUGACUCAGUGAGUGGCAAGAAAUUUCCUGUUAUUAACCCUGCAACUGAGGAGGUCAUCUGCCAUGUGGAAGAAGGGGACAAGGCAGAUGUGGACAAAGCCGUGAAGGCUGCACGACAGGCUUUUCAGAUUGGCUCCACAUGGCGCACCAUGGAUGCUUCAGAGAGGGGGCGGCUGCUGAACAAGCUGGCUGACUUAAUAGAAAGAGACCGUCUACUGCUGGCUACAAUGGAAUCAAUGAAUGCUGGGAAAGUAUUCCCCCAGGCAUACAUGAUGGAUUUAGAUAUCAGCAUAAAAACAUUAAAGUACUGUGCAGGCUGGGCUGACAAGAUCCAUGGCCAAACAAUACCAAGUGAUGGAGAUUUUUUCACUUAUACAAGACGUGAGCCUAUUGGGGUGUGUGGCCAAAUCAUCCCCUGGAAUGGCCCGUUGAUCAUGUUAACUUGGAAGAUAGGCCCUGUUGGCAAAUUAGUCAAAGAAGCUGCAGGGAAAAGCAAUCUGAAGAGGGUCACCCUGGAGCUGGGAGGAAAGAGUCCUUGCAUUGUGUUUGCAGAUGCUGACUUGGACAAUGCUGUUGAGUUUGCACACCAAGGAGUGUUCUUCCACCAGGGACAGAUUUGUAUAGCAGCAUCCAGGCUUUUUGUUGAGGAGUCAAUUUACGAUGAGUUUGUGAAAAGGAGUGUUGAGAGGGCUAACAAAUACGUUCUUGGAAAUCCUCUGAAUGCAGGAAUAAAUCAAGGUCCUCAGAUAUUUGGACCAGUGCAACAAAUCAUGAAGUUUAAAUCUCUAGAUGAUGUCAUUAAGAGAGCGAACAAUACUCCCUAUGGCCUGGCAGCUGGAGUCUUCACAAAAGACCUGGAUAAGGCCAUCACUGUGUCUUCUGCUCUGCAGGCUGGGGUAGUGUGGGUCAACUGCUAUUUGGCUAUGGCUGUCCAGUGUCCUUUUGGUGGAUUCAAGAUGUCUGGAAAUGGGCGAGAACUGGGUGAGCAUGGAAUUUAUGAAUACACUGAGCUCAAGACAGUCGCAAUGAAAAUAUCUCAGAAGAACUCAUAAAGAAGCCAGCAGAAUGAGGAGAAACCAUUCAGCCAUUGGACACAUCUCCUAUAGUCACCAGUAGAGUGAUGUUCUCCUUUAACUCUUUCUUCUAUUGACUUUUUAAACAUAAGUGAUUCAUUAGUAUUAAUGUCACACAUAGAAAACAUGUGGCUUGAUCUGAAAGAAUCACGAUCCUUCUAAUAAGUGACCCCAAUUCCUACUUCAUAUGAAAAGGAUUGAUUUAGGUACCUGCUCCUUGUGACUCUGUCCUGAUCAGAUACUUUCUACUGUUGAUACUUGUCUAGAAUAUUUACUUGGUAAGGGGGACCAGUAGUGAUUUAAGUUCUGUCCCUCAGUGACCCUUUGUAUGCCUAAUGACCACAGAGUAAGUUGUUCUGUUUCCUAUGGCUAUCCCCUUUGAGUGUUGUGAAAUGUUUUCUGGAAUGCCUAGCUGGAAUUAAAAUGUGAAGUUUAAUAAAGGCAAUCUCACAUGA